AAAUUUACUUUGUUGUCAUCAACUCCACCACCUAUCAACGCAUUAUACGGGACACUAUCACGGAUAAAACCUGUUGUAUACCGAUCAGAUCACAUCACUGGGGGAAAGUCUAACCGCUGGUGUUGAAACAUAUUACGACAUUCUAAUAUUACCCACUCAUCUGACAUACUGCACAUUUGAUAUUCGAUAUGUCCGCAACUCAACAAGAACCUCGUUUCGCACAGUUUAAACUGGUGCUUCUUGGUGAAAGUGCCGUCGGUAAGUCAUCCAUAGUUCACAGAUUCGUCAAGGACUCAUUUGACGACUUCAGAGAGUCCACGAUCGGCGCUGCAUUCUUAACACAGACCAUCCAACUCGAUGAAAACACAACAAUCAAGUUUGAGAUCUGGGAUACCGCCGGUCAAGAGCGUUACAAGUCUUUGGCACCAAUGUACUACAGAAACGCCAAUGCUGCCGUGGUGGUUUACGAUAUUACACAGGAGGCUUCACUUGAGAGGGCCAAAUCGUGGAUCAAAGAGCUUCAAAGACAAGCUAACCAGGAUCUUGUGAUUGCGCUUGCUGGGAAUAAGUUGGAUUUGGAGUCCGAGAGAAAAGUCGCAAAGGAAGCCGCUCAGGCAUAUGCUACAGAGGAAGGCCUGCUCUUCUUUGAAGUCUCUGCAAAGACAGGCCAAGGUGUGAAGGAAAUUUUCCAGAGCAUUGCAGAGAAGUUGCCACUGGAGAGCCAAAUAAAGUCCAAGAGCCAGCCAAAGAGUGUGAACCUCCAAAGACCAAGCACAAACAACCAAUCAUCUUGUUGUUCUUGAUCCACUCAGGUUGAUACCAUUUUUAUAAGUUUGUUUUCAUCUUUUUUGUCUUCCAGAGAGUUCUCUUUCUUCAUGACAUGUAAGCUUCUUCUUUUCCC